AUGGACAGCUUUCUAAUGGCCAGGCAUGGGGACGAGGCCCACGGCGCAGCGACCGCCGCCGACGCUAUGCCGGGAAUGGACAUGGGAUCCGGCUCGAUGAACAGCAGCAGCAGCAGCAGCGGCGGCAGCAUGAGCAUGAUGAUGAUGAGCAUCUUCCAGAACAGCAUCAAGACUCCUCUGUACACCGAGGCGUGGACCCCGAACAGCGUCGGCACCUACGCCGCAACCUGCAUCUUCCUCAUCUUUCUCGCCGUCUGCAUGCGCGGCAUGGUGGCGCUCAAGUCCAUCCAGGAGAAGCGAUGGCUUGACAAGGACUUCAAGCGUCGCUACAUCAGCGUCAACGGAAAGAUGGGUAUGGCCGGUCAAAUUUCGUCGGAGAGCAUGGCGAAACAGAUGGUGCUCUCGGAGAACGGCGUCGAGGAGAACGUCACUGUCGUCCAGAAGCAGCACGGGAUAUGGAGGCCGUGGAGGUUUUCGGUCGAUCCCAUCCGUGCCCUAAUUGACACCGCUAUUGCUGGGGUCGGAUAUUUACUCAUGUUGGCUGUCAUGACCAUGAACGUUGGUUACCUGCUCUCGGUUUUGGCCGGCGUCUUCCUGGGCAGUCUCGCUCUCGGUCGCUUUGCUACUUUGGGUGAGCACUAG